AUGCCAAACGUCAUUAUCAAUGGUGAAUCCGAAAGCAAACCCAACGUCAAUCCAUACCGAUACGAAGACGCCGUGGAGUCUGUCACGCGGGGUACUACAAGCUUUGAAGCGGCGCGAAACCUUGUUGCCCAACUAGACGGCCGAGAAAGAUUGUCCUUACUUGACGGCGAUGAGGGGUUCUGGAAGGGAUUUCGGGAUCUUUUCUACGAUCGAUUCAAUCGAGUCCCCUACAUUUUCGGACAAGUUGAUCGCCUUGGUAUACCCGGUAUUCGCUUUUCGGACGGUCCCCGAGGGGUUGUGAUGGGCUCAUCGACCGCAUUUCCCGUCCCGAUGGCCCGGGGUGCCACUUGGGAUGUGGGUCUAGAGCGCCGUGUAGGGCAUGUCAUUGGCCUGGAAGCCAAAUCGCAAGGGGCUAACUUCUUCUCUGGGGUCUGUAUCAACCUACCACGUCACCCAGCGUGGGGCCGAAGCCAAGAGGUCUAUGGCGAAGAUCCGAUACUUCUUGGUGAAUUUGGCGUAGCCUUGACAGAGGGUGUUCAACGGCACAUAAUGGCCUGUGUGAAACACUUUGCUCUCAACUCCAUGGAAAAUUCUCGCUUCAAGAUUGAUGUGGAAGUCGAGGAGGAUGUGCUCUACGAGGUGUAUCUGCCACAUUUUCGGCGAGUGGUUGAGGGGGGAGUUGCCUCAGUCAUGUCUUCCUACAAUUCGGUGAACGGUGAAUGGGCUGGACAAAGCGAGAUGCUUCUGACCGAGGUGCUUCGUGAGAAAUGGAAUUUUGACGGUUUCGUCAUAUCGGAUUUCAUCUGGGGGCUCAGAGAUCCUAUUUCAUCUGUCAAGCACGGUUUGGAUAUAGAAACGCCAUUCAAACAACAACGGCACCUCCAGCUAAACGCUGCUCUCGACGCGGGAGAACUGAAAUGGUCUGAUAUUGAUCGAUGUUGCACACGCAUCCUGUCGAAAUGUCUGCAGUUCGCACAAACGCUUGAUGAGAAACCGAGUGUUUCAGUGGUGUUUUCGGAUGAACACCGUGCCUUGGCGCGCGAGGUGGCCGCGCGCUCCUGUGUUGUUUUGAAAAAUGAUCACAUCAAUGGAAGUCCUCUCUUACCCAUUCAUCCUGGUAAUAUCAACCGGAUUACCUUGGUAGGACGCCUUUCUGAUAUUGAAAACACCGGAGAUCGUGGCUCCUCGCACGUUUGGUCACCACGCGUGGCCACAAUAUAUGAGGGCAUUACUUCUGCUUUCCCUGGUUGUGAGGUAGUACUCGAGACAAGCUGCUCGGUUGAGAAGAUCCAACAUGCCACAGCGACUGCAGAUCUUGUCAUAUGCGUUGUCGGGUAUACAGCUAACGACGAGGGGGAAUAUGCCGCCCCGACGUUGAUAAAAGAUCCAGACUUACGCGCCUUGUUCCCACCAGCAAUCACAACAGAGGAGAAAGCUCUGGCCCAGUUCCUCGACAACGCAGGUCUUAGAGAUAAAGAUCGGUCAGACGAUGCCUGGAAGAGUGGUGCCGGGGGUGACCGGUCCAGUCUUCGACUUCGACCUGAGGAUGUGACCGUCAUCGAAACAGCGACUGCAUGCAACGCUCGAACCAUUGUUUCUGUCGUUGGUGGAAGUGCCAUCAUUAUGGACGAAUGGAAAUACAGAGUGCCAGCUUUGAUUAUGAGUUGGUACGCUGGAGCUGAAGGUGGACAUGGCCUAGCGGAUGUUGUGACGAACUGCGUCCCCCCAAGUGGGAGACUACCAUUUUGCAUUCCCGCAGAUGAGUCACAUCUUCCCCAUUUUGAUACCGAUGCCACCAGAAUCAAGUAUGAUCGUUGGUUUGGACAAGCUUUGCUAGACAAGCUCCAGGUCAAUGCCGCAUAUCCUCUCGGUUUUGGCUUAUCAUACACAAGGUUCAACGCAGUUGACAUGCAUUUAGGUGCAAGUGAACGAGAAGAUGAUGACGAGUCGAUCGAUGUAUACGCAACUGUACAGAACACAGGGCCCUAUCGUGGAAGAUAUGUCGCCCAGGUCUAUGGUUGCCAAAAUCUAUCUGAAUUUCCCAGAAGGCUUCUUCUUGGUUUCAACGUCUGUGAUAUUGACCCUGGGAAGCAGGCAACAGUGCGUGUGAAUGCUUCGCUUAGGCCACUUCAACGGUGGCGAGAUGGCCGAUUUAUCCUACCCAGUGGUGAUGUUGAGAUCGAGUUCGCGACUCACGCCGGCGACGCGCACGCUUUGAGAUGUGUCUAUCAGCUGCGCACUGCCACCUGA